GACCUCUUCCUCCGGAAGACACAGGAGAGUGCAUUUUUCCAUCUCCUUCCAGGAACUGAAUCAGGAUUGGCCCUGAGGCUGGUGAAUGGAGGUGACAGGUGUCGGGGCCGGGUGGAGGUCCUGUACCGAGGCUCCUGGGGCACCGUGUGUGACGACAGCUGGGACACCAACGAUGCCAACGUGGUCUGCAGGCAACUGGGCUGUGGCUGGGCCACGUCGGCCCCUGGAAGUGCCCGGUACGGUCAGGGCUCAGGGCCGAUCGUCCUGGACGACGUGAGCUGCUCGGGGCACGAGAGCUACCUGUGGAGCUGCCCUCACAGGGGCUGGAACUCACACAACUGUGGGCACGGCGAGGACGCCGGUGUCAUCUGCUCAGCUGCCAGGCCCCAGUCCACGCUCCUGCCAGGAACUGAAUCAGGAUUGGCCCUGAGGCUGGUGAAUGGAGGUGACAGGUGUCAGGGCCGGGUGGAGGUCCUGUACCGAGGCUCCUGGGGCACCGUGUGCGACGACAGCUGGGACACCAAUGAUGCCAACGUGGUUUGCAGGCAGCUGGGCUGUGGCUGGGCCAUGUCAGCCCCUGGAAAUGCCCAGUAUGGUCAGGGCUCAGGGCCGAUCGUCCUGGAUGACGUGGGCUGCUCGGGGCAUGAGAGCUACCUGUGGAGCUGCCCUCACAACCCCUGGAACACACACAACUGUAGACACAGCGAGGACGCCAGUGUCGUCUGUGCAGCUGCCAGGCCCCAGUCCACGCUCCUGCCAGACUCCAACCAGGAGCCCCAGGUGGAGCGAGUGGACGUUUGCCACCUCUCAGUACCUGCCCUGGUCACUCUAGAGCGAGCAGACGCUUCCAGAGGGGCCAUAGCACGAGGGUCCUCGGGUCUGCCUCAGCGAUUUAAGGGCAUUGUGGCUACACAGUGUCUCCCCAGAGCUUUGUACCUCUAUUGUCUUAUGUUUAUGGACGUCACCGUCAGCUUGCGUCCUGCCAAGGGGCAGUUGUUAGCCACUGGUCUGCAGCCCCGGAGAGGAGAGAGAACUGAAUCAGGAUUGGCCCUGAGGCUGGUGAAUGGAGGUGACAGGUGUCGGGGCCGGGUGGAGGUCCUGUACCGAGGCUCCUGGGGCACCGUGUGUGACGACAGCUGGGACACCAACGAUGCCAACGUGGUCUGCAGGCAACUGGGCUGUGGCUGGGCCACGUCGGCCCCUGGAAGUGCCCGGUACGGUCAGGGCUCAGGGCCGAUCGUCCUGGACGACGUGAGCUGCUCGGGGCACGAGAGCUACCUGUGGAGCUGCCCUCACAGGGGCUGGAACUCACACAACUGUGGGCACGGCGAGGACGCCGGUGUCAUCUGCUCAGGUUGGUCUCGAAUAAGCUGGGAUCCUGUUUACAACCUCACCCGCCCAGCCACAAAUUAUUCCUGCGGAGGCUUCCUGUCCCAACCUUCAGGGAGCUUUUUCAGCCCAUCCUUCCCUGGGGAGUAUCCGAACGAUGCCAAGUGUGUGUGGGACAUCGAAGUUCAAAACAACUACCGUGUGACUGUGGUCUUCAGAGACGUCCAGCUUGAAGGCAGCUGUAACUACGAUUAUAUAGAAGUGUAUGACGGCCCUUACCACAGCUCCCCUCUGCUCGCCCGGGUUUGUGAUGGGGCAAGGGGCUCCUUCACCUCGUCAUCCAACUUCAUGUCCAUUCGCUUCAUCAGCAAUGGCAGUGUCAAGAUGAGAGGGUUCCAGGCUGAAUACUACUCCAGCCUUUUCCCUGGGAGCACAAAGCUGCUUUGCCUGCAGAAUCACAUGCGAGCCACUGUGAGCGUGGGCUACCUCCAGUCCCUGGGCUACUCUGCCAGGGACCUUGCCAUUCCUGGCUGGAACAGGAGCUACCGGUGUCAGCCCCAGAUUACUUCAAGCCAGGUGACCUUCACAGUUCCCUACUCUGGCUGUGGCACCAUCGAGCAGGUGGAUAAUGAUACCAUCACCUACUCCAACUCCCUCAAAGCAGCUGUUUCGAGUGGCAUCAUCAAGAGGAGGAAGGACCUCCACAUUUACGUCAGCUGCAAAAUGCUCCAGAACACCUGGGUUAACACGAUGUACAUUGCUAAUGACACCGUCGAGGUCAAGAACAUACAAUACAGCAAUUUUUACAUGAACAUUUCCUUUUAUACAUCCUCUUCAUUCUUAUAUCCCGUGACCAGCAGCCCAUACUAUGUGGACCUGAACCAGGAUUUGUACCUUCAGGCUGAAAUCCUCCAUUCUAACGCCUCCCUGGCCUUAUUUGUGGACACCUGUGUGGCGUCACCAUCUCCCGAUGACUUUACAUCUUUGACUUAUGAUCUCAUCCGGAGUGGGUGCGUGAAGGAUGAAACCUACCGGUCCUACCACCAGCCCUCACCCAACGUCCUCCGUUUCAAGUUCAAUUCCUUCCGCUUCCUGAGCCGCUUCCCCUCCGUGUACCUGCAGUGCAAGAUGGUGGUGUGCAGGGCGUACGAUGCCUCGUCCCGCUGCAGCAGAGGCUGCAUCGUGAGGACCAAGAGGGGCGUGGGCUCCUACCAGGAGAAGGUGGAUGUCGCCCUGGGACCCAUCCAGCUGCAUGUCCCGCAUGCUGAGAAGAGGAGCCUGGACCGGCCAGAGGUUGACCUGGAAGAGGAGGCCAGCGCCCAGGGGAGCUACCACAGCGCCACCAUCCUUGCUGGGGUCUUCCUGGUCGUGCUCUUGGCUGUAGCAGCCUUCACAUUGGGGAGGGGCACCCGUGCUGCCCAUGGCCAGCGUCUGAGCUCUAGGAUGUGA